AUGGCCUGUGUUGCUUUAUCUUCGCUGAUGCGAACAAUAGAGUUGGACUUGCUGAACCCGGGACGAAGUGCGAUUGUUGAGGAUAAAGAACAGGUGAAAUAUCUGUACCAAAGUCUUGGCUUUUUGAAAGAAUUCUUGGACAAGUCCAAGGAUAACGUUGCAGCCAAAAAUCUGGAACCUAAAAUCAAAGAUUUAGUGUUCCAAAUAGAAGACAGAAUCGAAAAGAAACUUCAAACUAUAUACAGUGAGCCUCAACGACAAAAGGCUCAGAGAAGACUCCCCUCGACCUUACUAAAACAAGCAAUAAGGGACACCGAAGAUUUGAUGGGCCAAAUUAGGAAGAUACUGAAUAGCCCUGUCCAAGAUUUUCCAAGUGCAGAUCCUCAAGCUUCGUGUGGUGGGUCAUCAGAACACGCCGCAGCUUCAGACGUUAUGGAAGGACGCAACAGGAAAUUUGAAAAGAUAAGGGAUGAACUCAUCCGCAACCGCUCAUCAGGACGAGAAGUAAUUUCGAUUGUCGGGAUGGGAGGUAUUGGGAAGACAACUUUAGCAAGAAAGUUGUAUGAAGAUCCUUUGGUUUUGUCACAUUUUGACAUUCUUGGGUGGACUGUUGUUUCCCAAAAACAUGAUGCGAGAAGGAUGUUACUUGACCUCCUUAACAAUGAAGCAGCAAAGAUUGAUGAAGUAACAGAUGGUGAACUGGCAGAAAAACUAAAGAAAUGUUUGAGUGGCCGGAGGUAUCUAAUUGUUUUGGAUGACAUAUGGAGCACCAGUUGUUGGGAAGGUAUCCAGUUGUGUUUUCCUGAUGACAAUUGUGGGAGUCGAAUAUUGUUGACCUCUCGACACAAAGAGGUUGCUGAUUUUGCUGAUUCAGGUAACCGUCUUCAUACCUUGGGUUUUCUAAAUCUAGAAGAAAGUUGGAAUUUAUUUUGCAAAAGAUUUCCUGGAAUACAAAGUUUUCCUUCUGAACUUGAAACAAUAGGGAGGCACGUUGUUCAUAAAUGCCGCGGUUUACCAAUAGCGAUUGUUGUAGUUGCAGGAGUUUUAUCAAAACUCAACAAAACUGUUGAGGAAUGGAAAAUUUUUGAAAACCAAACAAAUUCACUAGUUGUAACUACAGAUCUUAGUGAGCAGUGUUCAAGAAUACUCAACUUGAGUUACAACUACUUACCACUGCAUUUGAAAGCUUGCUUUUUAUAUUUGAGCACAGUCCCACAAAACAAAGCAAUUAUAGUCAAAAGACUUGUAAGGCUAUGGAUUGCGGAGGGGUUUGUGGAGUUAAUAAACAGUGAGAGGCUGGAAGAGGUGGCUCAUGGGUAUCUACAAGAUCUUGCUGAUAGAAGCUUAAUCCAAAUUCAGAAGUGGCGUUCUAGUGGCAAAAUCAAGACUUGUAGGAUGCACGACAUGGUACAUGAGUUUUGUGUGAGGGAAGCAAUAAAAGAGAAGCUGCUGAAUGUUGAAAACAAACAACAUCCCUGCGGCGAACUACAACAAGAAGGAUGUCGUUGGUUAAAUUUCUGGCCAAAGAAGAUCAUACGACGUGAUGGUCUCCGAGACUUGGAUAAUAUCUAUGUACCUCGCUCUAUUUUGUAUUUGCAGCAUACAAGUUAUGCAUCAGAAGUUAUUGAGCCAGAUGAUGACCUAAGAUGGGGUUUAUUGUUAAGAGUUUUGGAACUUAGUCCUCCAAUCACCUCCGGCUCAUCCUUAAAUGAUCUCUCUCUUCUGAGAUAUCUUGGCAUAUGUCUGGGCGAUUCAUCUCUUCCACUUGGGUAUCUCUUGCAUUUGGUGUCUCGUAGUCAGAAUUUGCAGACUCUUAUUGUGUCACACAAGCCAAGCAGCAUCAAUGAUGGGCUUAGUUCUUGCCAUUAUUUGUCAUCUGAAAUGUGGGCAUCGCAGGAGCUAAUUCAUGUUGAGUGCAGCUAUUUGAUUUCACUUGAUCCUCCAAAUGAGGUUAAGGAGAAGCUGCACACGCUUUAUUGGUUGAGUCCGCGACAUUGCACAGAGGAAGUGUUUUCCAGGAUUCCAAAUGUAAGAAAGUUGGGGAUUUUCUGUGAUGAUGAUCACCGAGAGAUCGGUCUCAACAUCUUGGAAAAUCUUCACCAUCUAAAUCAGCUUGAGACACUAAAGGUUAAAGCAUUUAGGGGAAAGAUAUGCUUGAGGAAUCCACAAGUCUAUCCGCAGAACCUCAAGGAGCUUACAUUAUUUCACACUCGUCUGCGAUGGAAACAUAUAAACAUCAUUGGCAACAUGCCUAGCCUUCAAGUGCUCAAACUGAAACAUAAAGCCGUCUGCGACAAGACAUGGAAACCAAGCGACGGGGGUUUUCGUCAGUUGAAGUUCUUGCUGAUUGACUACUGCCACCAAUUCCAAUACUGGGAAGCCACUCCUGACAAUUACCCUGUCCUUGAGCGCCUAGUCAUGCGUAACUGCCACUUGUUGAAAGAAAUUCCUAGUAGCUUUGAAGAUAUGAUCACUUUGCGUUUAAUUGAGAUUAGCAUUUGCAGUUCUUCUCUUUUGGCUUCUGCCCACAGAAUUCAAAACGCACAACAAGAUCUUGGAAAUUACGGGCUCAAAGUUCGCGAUACUACACCGUUAUCGGCGCGUACUCCAAGCACUGCACUCUACGUGUCUAGGAUUACUGAAUUUGCUUCUUUCGUUUUUCUGCGUCAGCUUGCAUUCUUCCAUCAACUGCAAUCGCCCUUAAGUUCCGAAAACGAAUCCACAAAGUCUCUUCAUGAUGAAAAGCCAUUGAAUUCUCUGUUUGAGAAGCUUUCUUCUUUGCAAGCCUUUCUGCAGAAGGAAUACAACAACGUAACAGUGGUGUUCAAGUCCGUCAUCUUGAAAUCAAAAUCACAGACUUUAAUUUGCGCUCAAAUUAAAGCUGAAGAUGACAUUGAUGAGAUACAACUAGUCAACUACGAAGCUUUAUUCUCGCCCAAGAUGGAGAGUGUCAAGACAAAUUAA